UCAUGAUUCCUGGUAAUCGAAUGCUGAUGGUCAUUUUAUUAUGCCAAGUCCUACUGGGAGAGAGCAGCAAUGCUAGUCUAAUACCCGAGGAAGGGAAGAAGAAAGCGUCGGCUCAGCACCUGGGUCAGAGUCAUGAACUGCUGCGGGACUUUGAAGCCACGCUGCUGCACAUGUUUGGGCUGCAGAAGCGACCGCGACCCAGCUAUUCGGCUGUGGUGCCCCAAUAUCUGCUGGACCUGUAUCGCCUGCAGUCAGGGGAGGCCGAAGAGACCGGAGCCCACGACGUGAGCUUCGAUUAUCCCGAAAGGUCCACGAGUCGAGCAAACACUGUGAGAGGAUUCCAUCAUGAAGAGCACAUGGAAGAGCUGCAGUCAGACGGCUCACCGGAGUCUCCUCUGCGCUUCGUCUUCAAUCUCAGCAGCGUCCCAGAGGAAGAACUAAUUUCUACUGCAGAGCUUCGUAUCUACAGGCAACAGAUACAGACCAAUGUCCAAAUAUGUUAA